AGAGAGGAGAUUCCAUUCUCUGUGAACAAAUCUCCCCUGAUCCUCCCACAGACUUUUCUGGCUUAUCCUAAUACUACAGAAUACCUUAAGCAUAGCCCAUGGAUAUUUGGAAGUCCUAGGGUAUACGCCAUAGGACCUAGAUUAGGAUAUUUCUGUCGUCAAAUACAUUUUAUAAAGAGUGAUCUGGAUUUAGCAACCUCAGUGAGAGGUGGGUAGCUCUGGUGUUUGGGGCGGGGGGGGGGGGGGGGGGGCGGCAUGCGGGGAGGGGUUGGUCUCUGGUUUGCUCAAGGUAACUAGCAGUCAGCACAAUAUAUUCCCAGUACCCCUGGGCUCUGCUGAAAUCGAAUGUGCUUGCUGCUCUAAAUGACUAUUCCCUUCCCUUUAAAUUUCCUCCUGAUCUUCAUUCUCUUUAUUUCCCUUCACACUUGUUUAUGACAGGUUUUUAAAUUAAAAGGCAUUGGCUGUCCUCUCCCCCAUCCACCGCACCACCGCCGCCGCCCCCGCCAAGCCCCACAGUAGUAAGGAUUCCAGUAGUCUUAGUGUUUUGUUCACACAAAGAAGAACUUAAUGCUAACGUUAAAUAAAUCAAAUCCCUCCCACCAGCCCACUUCUUAGCUACUGACUUUGUCUGGCUCUUUUCUCUCCAUCCCUUCAGAUAUAUCUGCUUCUCCAUUUCUCUGCCUUCACAUCUCUUUUUUUUCCUCUCCCUAUUUCUAUCCCCUUCUUUGCUUUUCUCCUCUUUCUCCUCCACCACCCCCACCCCGCCUUUUCCUGCCUCUCCCUCCUCUCCCUCUCCACCUCGGGCUCCUUCUCCCUCCCCAGAGAAUAGAGUGGCCAGUUUCUUUGCAGAGCUGCCCGCCUGCCUGCCUGCCCGCCUGCCUGCCUGCCUCCCUGCCUCCCUGCCUGCCUGCCUGCCUGCCUGCUUUCUCCCUGCCCACCUACUAUGAGAAGCAGCUCCUCCCACCUGCCCAUAAAAGCCAAGAGCUUGUUACCAGCAGCUGAUCAGAGAGCAUUUUCCCAGUCCUCUUCCUUUGGGAGCCACUGUUCUUCUCUCCUUGGACCUUAAAGACUCCAGGGGCUGAUCAGAAACCAAACCAGAGAAGCUAUUCCUUCUGUUGAAGAGACAACUCCCAAAUCCCAACCUGCUCUAAGUAAAAAGCAAGUGCAUUUGUCUGUGAUUCUUCUCUCUCCCAGAGUCUAAAUGUGAUGGCUGUUUCCCUGACCCCUCUACAGCUCCUGGGAGUGGUGAUCCUCAUUUACCUCAGUUUCAUCAGGUUCAUUCAUGGCGGUGCCUAUUAUGGGAUCAAACAGCUUCCACCUCAAAUCCCACCUCAGAUUCCCCAAUACCAGCCCCUGGGACAACAAGUACCUCACAUGCCCUUAGGCAAAGAUGGCCUUCCCAUGGGUAAGGAGAUGCCCCACAUGCAGUAUGGCAAAGAAUACCCACACCUACCCCAGUAUAUGAAGGAAAUUCCACAGGUGCCCAGGAUGGGCAAGGAGGCAGCUCCCAAGAAAAGCAAAGAAAUACCAUUAGCCAGCUUAAGAGGAGAACAAGGUCCUCGUGGUGAACCUGGCCCAAGAGGACCUCCUGGACCUCCAGGUAUACCAGGCCAUGGAAUACCAGGAAUCAAAGGAAAGCCAGGGCCACAGGGCUACCCAGGGAUUGGCAAACCAGGUAUGCCUGGAAUGCCAGGAAAACCUGGAGGCAUGGGAAUGCCUGGGGCAAAAGGUGAAAUAGGACCAAAAGGAGAAAUUGGACCUAUGGGAAUGCCAGGACCACAAGGACCUCCAGGGCCUCAUGGACUUCCUGGUGUUGGAAAGCCAGGUGGUCCAGGGUUACCAGGACAACCAGGACCAAAGGGUGAACCAGGACCCAAAGGACAGCCAGGACUUCCUGGUCUUCAAGGCCCUAAAGGAGAAAAGGGCUUUGGGAUGCCAGGUUUGCCAGGACUUAAAGGUCCCCCUGGGAUGCAUGGACCUCCUGGACCUGUGGGGCUUCCAGGAAUAGGCAAACCAGGGGUGACAGGAUUCCCAGGGCCACAGGGUCCUCUUGGUAAACCAGGCCUUCAAGGUGAACCAGGACCCCAGGGCCCUAUAGGUGUACCUGGGAUUCAAGGACCACCUGGUGUACCCGGAGUUGGAAAGCCAGGUCAGGAUGGCAUCCCUGGACGACCUGGAUUUCCUGGUGGUAAAGGGGAACAAGGACUACCCGGGUUGCCAGGACCUCCUGGCCAACCAGGGAUUGGGAAACCAGGUUUCCCAGGGUCUAAAGGUGACCGAGGUAUAGGGGGUCUUCCUGGGGCUCUUGGACCUAGAGGAGAGAAAGGGCCAAUAGGUGCACCUGGAAUGGGCGGGCCUCCAGGUGAGCCAGGCCUGCCUGGAAUUCCAGGUCCCAUGGGACCACCAGGUGCUAUUGGUUUCCCAGGGCCCAAAGGAGAAGGGGGAGCUAUGGGGCCACAAGGACCACUGGGUCCCAAAGGUGAACCAGGGUUACAGGGUUUCCCAGGGAAACCAGGCUUCCUUGGUGAAGUGGGACCCCCAGGCAUGAGAGGUUUGCCAGGUCCAAUCGGACCCAAAGGGGAAGCGGGGCAUAAAGGUUUACCAGGUAUCCCUGGAGCUCCUGGGCUCAUUGGACCCAAAGGAGAACCAGGAAUCCCAGGUGACCAAGGUUUACAAGGCCCAUCUGGAAUUCCAGGAAUUGGAGGACCAAGUGGUCCCAUUGGACCUCCUGGAAUCCCAGGCCCCAAAGGAGAACCAGGGCUACCAGGUCCUCCUGGAUUCCCUGGGGUAGGAAAGCCUGGGGUAGCAGGACUGCAUGGACCCCCAGGGAAGCCUGGGGCUCUUGGUCCUCAAGGCCAGCCCGGCCUUCCAGGACCCCCAGGACCUCCAGGUCCCCCAGGUCCUCCAGCUGUGAUGCCUCCCACACCACCAGCCCAUGGAGAAUAUUUGCCAGAAAUGGGGCCAGGGAUUGAUGGAGUGAAAACCCCCCAUGCCUAUGGGGGCAAAAAAGGCAAAAAUGGAGGUGUAGCUUAUGAGAUGCCUGCAUUUACAGCUGAGUUGACCACGCCCUUCCCACCAGUGGGGGCCCCAGUAAAGUUUGACAAACUGCUCUACAACGGCAGACAGAACUACAACCCACAGACUGGCAUCUUCACCUGUGAAGUCCCUGGUGUCUACUACUUUGCAUACCAUGUCCACUGCAAAGGGGGAAAUGUAUGGGUGGCUUUGUUCAAAAACAAUGACCCAAUGAUGUACACUUACGAUGAGUACAAAAAGGGCUUUCUGGACCAGGCGUCAGGGAGUGCUGUGCUACAGCUUAGACCCGGAGAUCGGGUUUUUCUCCAGAUGCCCUCAGAGCAAGCUGCAGGACUCUACGCUGGACAAUACGUCCAUUCCUCUUUUUCAGGAUAUUUAUUGUAUCCCAUGUAAAUAAAAAAAAAAUAAGAAAAACAAGAGGAAAAAAAACAGCAAAAGAAAUGAAAUGACAAAGAAAAAUCAAACACAAAACACAUAAUUGCUUCAAAGUUUUUAUACUGUUGAAAAGUUAUUUUUAAAUGGAAAUUUGGGCCAUCAUAUAUAAAAAAGUAAUAAUAAAAAUGCAAGUUUAAUGUUCUGCAGAGCUUGUUAUUCAAAUGACAGGAAGAAUCUAUGUAUCACAUUUCUAACAGUUGUUCUGUACCCACUGAAAUCAUAUAAGCAAAUAUACAUUAUACACUUCCACAAUACCAUGCUUUCUAAAGUUCAGUCAAAAUAUUUCAUUAUGAAGGAUCAUAGCUAACACAAGUCAUUCAUUCAUAUUGUUUACUUAAAAGUACACAAGAAUAAAUCUUAAAGAAGCAUCAAUGACCAAAAAUAUAUACCACAUGCCAUAUUUACUUGCAUAAUUUGCCCCAUAUUUUCACCAGUACUUUACCAGUGAAACACAGGAAAGGGGCAAUUAUGUAGUAAUACUGCUCUGGCUAAGAUAAUCUGAGGCAAUGUAUACCAUCCAGAGGAGAGCUCCCUUCCGGUCAACUUCUGGGGUUGUCGGCAGCAGAAGCCCUAUUGAGGCAGUGACAUCACUCAGUGAGAGCCAUUGCAUCUAUUCAUCAAUGAGUAUUUACUGCACACCCAGAAGAAGCUGAGAAGAUGUACUCAAGACUGCAAGAAGGGCCAUGGAGGACCCAAAAGGACAAGACAAGGGCUGUAUCCUCAAGAUGCUUACAAUAUCACUGGGAAAUGAGAAUGGUGGUUAACCUGUUUAUUCCUGAAACAUUUUUCCCCCAAGGUUUCUUUCAUAUGCUUUGGUUCCUAUUAUUUCUUACUAGAGCUAACUAAACCAAAAAACUUGAAGUUAUAUGGGGAGAAAAAAGAUUGGAGUCAACAAAAUAAGUGCUCCCUACCCCACCCCCAGUAACCUUCAGAUUCUGUAUAAUAUUCAUUACUAAUAGCAAGUAUCAACUGUAUUUCAAAUGUAUAUUUAUAUAUUUUUAAAUAGCCACUGUGAAGCUAUAGCCAGAGAAAAGACAAAUCAUCAUUUCUCAGUCAUUUUCAACAUCAAAGAGACUUUCUUGCCUACAGCAAUAACUACAUUAAAUUGAUUCUAACUUUUUUAAGGUUACAAAGUUCAAUUAAAUUUAAAAAAAAAACUAAUAUUCCUUUACACACAGAGCAAAAAACCUUUAGAAUCCUAUGAAAAAAUAAAUUUUUAUUUGAAAAUCAGUCCCCAGAACGUGAAAUUAAGAGCAUGCACAUUCUCUGAAGUAUGUGCUGAAACAGGAUGUCAAGAACUGUUCCAAGUAAACUGCUGAAGACCCAAUUAUAAUUUCAAAGGACAAUCGCAAUACAUGAUUUGUAUGCUGCCUCAUCAAUUAAGGGGACUGCAUAAAAAAGGUUACUGUAGACUAAUAUACAUGCAUUUUCGUCUAUAUGUCUAAAUCAAUGUACUUGCAAGACAGCGUGGCAAAGUAGAUAAAGAGAUGUCAUAAGAAUUAGGAAAACCUGGAGUCAAGUCCUGUUACACACACACACACACACACACACACACACAUCUGGAUAAGUCUCUUAACCUCAGUGCUAGUGUAACUCAAAAGAAGACAAACAAUUCUUUCUCAAUUGCUUUUCUAGAUCUCAGCACCUCCAGAUUUAGUAAAUGAUCUUCAAGAGUUGCUCUAACUGAAAAAUCUCAUCCCCCUGCAGCCAGUGUAGUGAUGAGCUUCCACAAACUUAGCUGGCUUGGUCUUCAGACAAUAGACAUACAAGCCAUUUUCAGGCCCACAACUGAAGCCUUCCCAGUGUGAUAGGACCUGCCACAGUUGCACUUCACUAGUAUAGCCUUCAAGAACCCAGAGACAUUGUCAUAUCAAAAUAAUGUAAAUUAAUCAAGACCUUUGUAUAGUUUUUCAUUUCUACAGAAAAGGGAAAAACAAAUAACUUCCAAGUAGUCAUCCUAAGAACUGUGGACAUGUUCAACUGGCAUGUUUGUUAAUUACAGUUUUAAUGCAGCCUGAUAACCUAUGGUGAGAAAUUACCUUAAUGGGUGCCUAACCUCAAAUAUGUUAUAGAAUAUAUCAAAGAGUUAACUGUAUUAAGUUUCCACCAUAGAUUUAAGAAUGAUCAAAAAUGAAUAAUUUCUUCUGCUCUCAAAGAAAUAAAAGAGCCUCUUCAAAUCUAUUUCCUUCCUACUACUGACAAUGACAUCCUAUGGGACAAAUAUCAUGGAGAAUAAAAACAUUAUAUAUUUUCAAAAUUCUAAAUAUGGAAAGAAGAAAGAAAUGAGGGGGAAAUAUGCAAAUAAAUAUGGUAUAAACCCAGUGCAUGGUGUAUAUGCCCAAUAUGAGUGUUUUCUAAUGGGACUAGUUUUAACUAACCAGUUAACUAACUUAACCAAUCCAGAAAAAUUAUCUUCUUUGCCUGGUGUGCCUUCUUCACAUGAGGCAUAGAAGUACAAUUUCUUCUUAAGAGAAUUGAAAACAAAUUAAUUUGUAUCCACAGGAUAAUUUAUUCACAACUAGCUAAAUGCCAAAGGUUUUUAUCCAAAGAAGCUUCAGCAUUCAUUUUCACAGCAAAUAGCAUCCGUUGGAUAUAAAGUCUUUAUGUCUAUUCUCUAAAAUGACUAAUAUGAUAAGGAUGUUGGGAUUUUGAUGGGACAAAUAAACCACAUGCAGUACAGUACAGAUCUGUGCCCCAUCUGGUAUAUGAGUAGAUGCAUUCAAAUGGACUUGAAAUAAAAUAUCAAACUGGGACAACUCAUUUGUGAAAUGGUCUUCAUAUAUGUAUAUAUAUGUAUAUAUACAUAUAUAUAUAUAUACAUUCCAGUUAGUUUUCCACCAAAUGUAGGGAGAAAUUUUUUAAUCAACUAAAAUAAAAUUUCAUUUUCAGAAUCAUUGAUAAUAGUUGUUUCCAAAUUUAUUUAUUGGUUGUUUUACUUAUUUGCCUAAAUUUGUAUAUUAGCAGGCAUAAGCUUCUAACUUGUAGAUGGCGGGGAGGAAGAGGAAAAAUCCUAUGCAAGUACUGUUUGUUCUACAAUGGUGCUAAUCUCAGAGCAAAAUGAUGAAUUAUUUCACUUAAUUUAAAUAAGAGUUUAAAAUAGUUAUCUAUGUGUCUGUGUUUCCCCUUUGAGUGUUACAUAUUACACUAUACUUUUCCUUUGGUAUAAAAGCAGACUUAAUAUGAAUCUGUUCUGAACCAUAUCUAUUUAAUUCAAAAUUAACUAGAAUCUGACCAUGGAAAAAUGGACAAAACUGGCAUUACCAUUAUUUAAGUACAGAGUUUUAAUACAGCAUAAUAACCUAUGGGAGGGGAAAAACUUUAGUGGGUGUCUAAUCUCACAUAUCUUACAGAAUACAUCAAAAAGUGAACAGACUGGUAACUGUGUUGAGUUUCCACUGUAGAUUUAAGACUUGUUGAUAGCAAAUCAUUUUUGUAUUUAAAUUUUUGUACUGAUCUGAAAAAAAAAGUCUUAUUAAAUAUCUUUAAAAGUA